UCCUCUCUCAUUGACCUCUUCUAAUGAGUGAAAACCAACUUUUAAUUUCUCCACAGAUUUUUGUUGUUCUUGUCUCUCUACACCUCCUUAAAGACGAACAAACAUUUGAUUUUACUUUUUAUUUUGUAAGAGAAAAGUAAUUGACCAAGCCCAUUUUGUUUCCUUGUGUUGCCAUAGUCUGAGCACCAUACCUGGUUGGUCUACAUAUUUUAUAUUUUUUUACCCCCUGAACUGAGUUAAUCAUCUGGUGUAUAUCACACUCAUCCACGUUUCAGAGACACAAUAAAUAACAAUGACAAUGAACAUACCGGGUCUGGUGGUGAUGGCAGCUUUCUACCUCCUAAUCCUGGGAACGGGCAUCUGGGCAUCAAUGCGCUCUAGGAAAGAAGAGAAAAAGUGGACAGGAGAUGGAAUAGAGAUCACGCUUCUGGCUGGACGUAACAUCAACUUGCUCGUGGGCGUAUUUACUCUUACAGCCACAUGGGUAGGAGGAGGGUUUAUCCUCGGCAUUGCUGAAGCAACAUACAACCCGACAUUAGGAGCAGUGUGGGCUCUCAUGCCAGUGCCAUAUGUCCUUACAUUCUUCUUAGGUGGCUUUUUUUUUGCAAAGCCCAUGAGAGAGAACAGAUAUGUGACAAUGAUGGAUCCUUUCCAGCAGAAGUACGGAAACGUACUGGCCACUGCUCUAAUCUUUCCGGCACUAGUCGCUGAUGUGUUGUGGGUGGCACGCACACUUGUGAGCCUGGAUGAGCAGAUUGAGCGCAGGUGUGUGGUGGACGCACCUGACUUGGCUGGCUGGAGCGUCGCUCUGAGUGCGUCCCGCCUCCUCUCUCCGCCGCACGCCCUGCCUCCUGGCCGCCAUUGCAGGCUGCGGCUGGGGGGACCCUGGCAAUGUGGGAGAAGAGACUGUAAAGGUGGAACUAUGAGUGUGAUCCUAGACCUUUCUUACAUCUACUCCAUCAUCAUCUCCUCGGUGGUGGCCAUUGUCUACACACUCCUAGGGGGGCUCUACUCUGUGGCUUACACAGAUGUCAUCCAGCUCAUCCUCAUCUUUAUCAGCCUGUGGGUGUGUGUCCCUUUUAUGUUGACCAACCCUCACUCCAUGGACAUCUCAGUGACGGCCUAUAAUCAGAGCUUCCAGGCUCCAUGGAUUGGCAAGGUGGAGCUUAAUGAAGCUGGCAAGUGGUUUGACGACUUCAUGGUGCUGGCUCUGGGUGGAUUGGCCUACCAAGCAUUCUACCAAAGGAUCCUGUCCGCCUCAUCUUACACCCAAGCUCAAGUGACCUGCUUUGCCUCGUCUGCCUUUUGCCUGGUGCUUGGUAUCCCCUCUGUACUCAUUGGAGCUGUUGCUGCCUCUACUGACUGGAACUCAACCAUUUAUGGACUACCAACUCCAUAUGAGCGUGGAGAGGCAGGUUCUAUCCUCCCCAUCGCUCUACAGUCUCUCACACCUAUCUACGUGUCCAUCAUUGGCAUUGGAGCUGUAGCUGCUGCUGUCAUGUCCUCCAUGGACUCGGCCCUGCUGUCUUCUGCCUCACUGUUCUCCUCCAACAUCUACAAGAACAUCCUCCGAAAGCAGGCAUCAGACCGUGAAAUGCAGUGGGUGAUUCGUAUCUCAGUGGUGGUUGUAGGUCUGGCUGGUACUGGCCUUACCUUCCUGGACAGCAGUGUUCUGGUCUUCUGGCUUGUGGGUGUGGACAUGUCCUUCACCAUCAUGUUCCCUCAGCUGGUUUGCAUUCUCUUCUUCAAGGUGUCCAAUGGCUACGGGGCCAGUUUAGGCUUCUUAGUAGGAAUCCUCAUGAGAAUCCUAAGUGGAGAGCCCCUCAUCGGCUUGCCGCCCGUCAUCCGCUACCCCGGCUGCCGGCUGAACGCUGAAGGCACGCUCACCCAAUAUUUCCCCUUCCGCACCACUAUCAUGGUCACCUCACUGCUAUCCAUCCUGCUGUUCUCCUGGCUAGCAAGUAUCAUUUUUAACAAAGGCCUGUUGUCUGAGAAGUGGGAUUUGUACAAGAUCAAACGCAAGCAGAAAGUACCUGCAGACAAGAUGACGAGUGAAAACAAAGAAGAGGCCUCCGUGGCUAAGCAGUUACUGGACACCACCAGCUGCUGAGGUGUUUCAAAGGGAGCAGAUGAUGGGUCAUGACAGGAGGAAGACAUGCACAGGGAGCUACAGAGUCUUGACAUGAGACUGUCUCUACAGAAGCAGUGAAUGUGUGUCACAUCCUGUACAGAUCAACAUCAACAUGUCCUCUGAACACCUUAGCAUCAGUUACCUUCUACAAAAAAAGUAAAAUGAUCAACUUAAAUUUUGUAUGAGAGUAAAGAGCCCAUGAACAUGUAUAACACAUUAUGGGACUGAUUCAAAACACCGUGAAUAAUUAUGACAAGCCUUGUUAUAAACUAUAUCACACAGCUUUGAAAUGGACGGACUUAGCUCAUCCAUUUAAAUUCCUUUCCAUUUGGAAAGUAUUGAUACAUUUAUGAAAUAAAAUGAAUUUGUUCAAUAGAUAGAUCUGGAUUUGUACAGAUAUUUUGAAAAAAUAUUUUUUCACUCUCGCAAUUUGAGAUAAUGUUCCUUUUGGGCGUAUAAAUGUUGUCCCUAGACUGGAUUGCACAUUAAACACUUUUUGGCCAUCAGCGCAAAUGAACCACAUAUUCAGUCAAACUGAAGAAUAAUGAAGUAGUUUCCAGCUCACUCUUAACAAAAUGCUUUUGUAGCGUGAAUCCAAAUUGUCACAAUAAUCAGACAUUAAUCAUCUUCCUUGAAUGAGUUAUUUAAAUUCAGCACAAUUAGAUAAUUGUACAAUACCACAAAGACAGCACUUCUAAUAUUGAUUGACACAAGUGUUCCUACUUUUGAUGUGUUGGAUUGUCGCUUUAUUAACAUCACAGAAAAUUAAUCUGACAGUUAUCCAAUCACCAUCAACCCAAUUAAAGGUGAGCAUGUCUAUAAAGUGAAAACACUAUUUUGUCUCAAACAGUCGGAAAAAAAAAACAGAGCCCGUUCAAAACUUGCCAUUUUUAUAUCAUUUUCAACAAUGCUGUGACAAUGAGACAACCUCCAUCAAUCAGGUUGUCCCAUCAGGUCUGACUGCUCUGGUUGCAGUCGCUUGCUGCUAAACAAUAUUCAAAGAGUCAAAUGUGAAAAACAAACACUAUUUAUACACACUUUUCUUCAAACUAUCAUUAAUUGAAUUCACUUUGAUGUUUUUAAAAGAUUCAUGUACACGUAAAGUUUAAUGGAAAGGUUUAUUUUGUUAUCAACUUCCAAACAUUUUGUUGUAUCAAGCACUGUGUGUAUGACAAUCUAAACAUAUAGCAUCAUACUAUCUACCACAAUAAUCACUGGAACCUGGUCUGCAUUGUCACAUCAGUGUGGUUUUUUUAUGCUGGGUACCGUAAAACAGGUGUAUACAAAUACCUUGUGGAGUUGCUCAAGAGCUCAACACAUGGGUCUGAAUUAGUGGUCAAAAGAAGGUCAAAAUCGGUUGUUUUCCAAAGGCAUCUUGUAGAACACAAAACAGGACUAUUUGCAUGCAUCUUUUUUUACAUAGGCGUGACAUUUUUAAAUGUAUUAUUCUCUUGUACAGCCUAAUCACAAUUUGUACAUUAACACAUUUUUUGUAUCAAAGUUGAUUUGCCUUGCAUUGUUUGUUGAUGAGGAAAAAGUACCAAUGUGUAUUUGUAUCUGAAGUUAAGUUGCUGAAAAAUUAAUGAAGACCUGCAAUCUCUUUAUUUUUACAUUGGCCUUAUGAUUGGCCUGCACUUUCAAAAAGUGUUAUUGCCUAUUAUUUGCUUUCAUGGUCACCAAACUUAAUACACUGUCAUGCAUCUUCACAAAUUCAGCCAGCAGUUGUCACCAAUGAGAAAUGGUGCCUUAUUGGAGCAUAUUUACAUGGUACUGUGUUACUGACUUGGUCACUGUUGGGACAGGAAUAUUCGUUUUUCCAUUUUAGGUUGUUGAAGCUCAUUGAAGUUCUGGACUGGUUUUAGUUUCAUUAAAAAUGCAAAGCUUUUUUUUUCUCCUUUCAUGUCUGUAUUUGGUUUUAUACUUAUAUGCAUGACAAUUGUCAAUGACCUUUGUAUGAAUACUGAACUUUUGCGGAGGCUGUUCCUCUCUUGCCACUUGGCAAGAUUCUACUUUGUAAUCAAUUAAUGUAAAUCCCCAUGGGGUGAGGUUCUUUAACAAUAAAAGCUAAUCCAAAAUUGUU